AUGGGAAAAGCACGCCGUAAAGAUUAUUUUAUGCGAAAUAACCGACAACGGUCAAUAGCAAAAGGUCGCCACGAGCAACAACUGGUUCAACAGCAAAAGCAACAUUCAGAGGAGAAGGCAGACUUGUUCGAUCCUGAACAUUUAAAUGAGAUCAUUGACAAGAGAGAUAAACCUUUGGGCAAGUUACGUAAAUGGAAA